AUGGAUGGCUUCACGGUUCUCAACAAACUUGGGCAGGGCGGGCAGGGAACAACCUUGUGCGUUGCGAGAAAAAGUGACAAUCAAACGUUUGUGUGUAAACAGAUAACAUGCAGCAGCAUAGCCGAGGGGAACAAUGCGCUGAUGGAAGCGAAAGUUCUCCAAAAGAUUAACCACCCUGGUGUGAUCAAGUACGAAGACUUGUUUCUGCACGAAACCAUUGAGAACAACUAUCGGAAACUUGUUGUCUGCAUCGUAAUGGAAUACUGCGAGAAGGGUGACCUGCACAAUGCGAUCAGCUACUACAGGAAAAGUUUCGGGUCCAUGCCUGAGGCCCAGAUCGUUAAGUGGAUGCAUGGGAUUUGCAGGGCUCUGAGCCAUGUGCAUGAGAUUGGGAUACUUCAUCGGGACCUCAAACCCAUGAACAUCUUCAUCGAUCGCCAUGGCAACGUCAAACUUGGUGACUUCGGGCUGGCGAGGAAGUUUCAGUCGCCAGAAGAUCUCAAGAGCCGUGCAGGAACUCCCUGCUACCUUGCGCCAGAGGUGCUCAACAAGGAGGUAUACGCCCAGCCCUCUGACGUGUGGGGAGUAGGCUGCAUCUGCCUCGAGUGCAUGCAGAUGACGUUCCUGUGGGAGAGGAAAGGGCUCCUUGCUGUGCAGGUGAUGGAGGGCCCAGUCUCCAUCCCGCCCUCCUUCUCCAACAGCCUGAGAACGCUCGUUUCUAGGAUGCUCGAAAGGAACCCUGGGAGACGUCCUACCAGCAGAGAGUGCCUAGAGCAG